CUUCGACUUAAUUUGUGUUAGAAAUUGAUUAUGGAGGGAGUUGUGGCUUUGGGACAUUUUUGUGAAACUCAUGGGCCCAUCGUCAUUUUUUCAACGGAAAGAACGAAUGAACAACCUGAAGACAAACCACAACAUAUAAAUAACAGUCCCAUUUGUGAUUCCUGCAAAUCUAUAAAUGCGGAAGAUGCAAUAGUUAGUGACAACAACAAUAAGUAUUAUGUUUCUACUCGUUUACCUCUAAUUGAAGAAACGGCAUUUUUAUUAAAAAACGCUGUAGUUAAAAGCAUCAGCUGUGAAGAAAUGGGGAAAGAAGGUGGUUUAAUGUACUUUGGGGAUAGUCAAAGAGGGCAUGUAAUAACUUUAACAUUCUACCUAGCAGAUUCACAGGCUAGAGGUUUUAUAAGAAAAUACUGCUUACUUAUAUUACUUAGAGAUAAGGUUCAUUUAUUGAAUAAUUGGCCACAUCUGACAAAACACUUUAAAACCAUUGCUGAUUAUUUGAAAGAAAAUGCCUUGAAAAUUAACAGCCAAGAACAAUUAACUUGUUCUCAGAAGGCUGCCCGACAGGCUCUGCAGCAAACUAGGAAAAAUAUUUCUGGAAGGUCUUUACAGCAAUUAACAGGUGUCGAAUCAAUUUUUAUGGAAUUGCAUAUGUGGUUUGUGUGGUUACUUAGUGUUAACAGUUUCGAAGAAAUACAAUCCAAUGUUGAACAAAUUCCUAUUAAAUGUGAUAGAUCUAUAAAAUUAAGAAAUCUGUAUAGAAAUAUGUCUAGAGAAGUAUUUCACAAAGUCUGUUAUUGCAUCCUCACAGGAAUUAAAGUAGAAUGUGACACGGAACUAAUGUCAAAUUUUAAACAAAUACUACCUACUAAUUUUAAACUUCCACAGACUGGUGAUGCCUGUAAAUUACUUCAAAAUGAAUCCAAAUGGGAGAUACAAUGGAGGGGAAAUUUGCCAUUAAAACUUCCAAGCCUUCUAACACUUAUUGAUGAUGGAUUAAAUAAUGCUAGUUUACCAGAUGAGGCAAUUGAAUCAUACCUAGUAAGUUUUUGUUAUAAAUGGUAUAAUAUAGCAUCCAAUAUUGCCUGCAUUGAACUGCACAGUCAAGAAUUAUUAGAGAUAUUGGGUGUUCAUAAGUAUGAUAUGCCUCUUUUAUCAUAUUGGACCACACAGAUUAGAAAUUCUGGAACAGAACUGUGAUAUUUAAUAUUAGUAUUUUCAUUAGACAAUAAUUUACGGUAAAAUUAAUUUCUGUAUAAUUUUCAUCAGUUUGCUUGCGAAUUUGAAAAUUUUAUCAAGUUGACUUGAUGUCAGAUGAUAGAACAAAAUUAUUGUUAUUAUUGGUAUAAAGAUAAGAAUACUUAUAACUAUGUAUUUUUGUAAU